AUGAGACAUCCUAGUGCCAUCUCCAAGGGACAAGUGGCGUUUCGUACUUACAUUUUGUUGCCAGCUGGGAUUUCACAGACUGGUUUGCGCAUUCAGUGGCCAUCAGCCUCCUCAGCUGGAGGUCUUCUGCGUGGAGCCCUGCUACUUCUGUGGUCUCCAAUGUCGGAAGGAGCGGAAUCAUCGAGGCAGGCACCGUUGCCAUCAACACCUCAACAUGGUCGACAUUUAGAAUCUGUAGAGGGGGUUGACUUUGAAAUGGCUAAGGAUCCUUAUGUUUGUCAACUGGAUGACACAGUUGAUGGAGAACCUUUUGGAUUGCAGCCCACGGCAAUGGAUCAUUCUGAAUUUUCUGGAGAACCUUCUGGACUUCAGCCCACGGCAAUGGAUCAUUCUGAAUUUUCGCCUAGUUCUUUUGGUCAUAAGGAACAAGCUGACAAUGAUGUGACAUUUUCGAAUGCUGGUGUAGAUGGCCAUGACUUUGAGACUUUUUCUCAAUUCCAGGCUUUUGCAUUUGGAGGUGAUCAUUUGGAUACAGAAAGGUUGGAACCCUUGGCAAGCCAAUCUGAUGGCGGGGUGGAGGUUCCUUCGUCUGCGUAUGGGGCUCAACGUUGUGCUAUGAGCUUGGCUGUGGAACCGCCCAAAUUUUUCUGGGAAACUGACCCUUUUCUGAAGACAGUUUUUUGUGAUGACAGCAUUCCCAUGCCUUCUCUCAAGAGGCCUGAGCAACCUAUUGAUGUGACAGGACAAGGCUCACCUGAGGUAUGGGACCUAUUGCGUCGUCCCAAGAGCAGAGCUGCGAGCAGUUUGUGUGCUGAUGUGAUACGCCAUGUGGAAAUCAAGGAUGAGCUUGAUAAGCGGCGCAGCAUGAUUUCAAAUUGGUCCAGCUUGGUUUGCAUCGAUCUGGAAGCUUUUUCGUUGGGUGAUGCGUUGUUGGCAGAAGGCAAGGUGAUCAGCCAUGCAGAUGUUGAACACAGCAUAGCUGCGUGUUUUGCGAGGAAAGCCACGAGCACAUUGAGCAAGCGUUUCUAUGCCAUGAACAAAUAUGUGAAUUUCUGCUGCAGAAAUGGCCAUCAAUUUUUCCCGGUUAGAGAAAGUGUGGUCUUCACCUAUUUGGGCUUGCGAGGCGAUUUGGCUGACUUGGGAACAACACGGGUGGACGGGCUGUCCAUUGAACUUGCAAAGCGAGCAGGACCCAUCAGGCAGGCGCCAGCACUCACUGUGCAGCAGGUCAUGCAGUUGGAAAAACUUGUGGCACCCACUGAAGAUUUGAGAGACGCAGCAAUAUUUGGAGGAAUGUUGGUCCUCAUGUACGCUUGUGGCCGCUUCUCAGAUGGACAAAGAGCUAUCAACAUGAUACUGGAUGGUGAUUUAGAAACUUUGGAUCCAGCUGCACUGGGAGGCCAGGGUUUUCUGGAGCUCCAAGUGUUGGGCCACAAGGGGGCGCGGAGCGAUGUUCUCAGAAGGACCUUCCUUCCUUUGGUGGCACCCAUUUACACCUUAGCUGGAGUGGAUUGGUUCAAAGCUUGGAUCCAAGCACGCAAUGCACUGGAGCUCACUACCAGUGGCAAACUCAACAAACCGUUCUUAUGUAGGUUCAGCCCGAGUGGUGCUGCCUUGGACCAGGAGCUUACAUCACCUGAAUGCAGUUUGUUGCUCAACCGGGCUUUGAAGGUGGAUGAAAAGAGCGAACAUGCAGUGAGGUCUCACAGCUUGAAAACCACACCACUGGCAUGGUGCUGCAAACAUGGUGUUGAUUUGGCGACAAGACGGCUGUUGGGUCAUCAUCUGGAUCCAUCUUCGAAAUCGGCUGAGACUUAUGCUCGCGACUCCAUGGCUCCCGCUGUCAGGACAUUGGAGACCGUGCUCAAUGACAUCAAGAGUGGCAAGUUCAGACCCGACGAGAGCAGGUCAGGUCGUUUUGUACAAGUGCGUGAACCACCAGCUGCACAGGUAACCGCUGGUGAGUCAGAUGAUUCAGACAGCGACUAUGUGCCCAGUAGCAGCUCAGGGGAAAGCGAUGAGGAACCUUUCAGCGUGCCAUCAGAGUCGAGCCUCCUGUGGCAUUUGGUUGUGCCGCAGCUGCGACCGGGUUACAUAGAUGUGCCUGAUGGCGUGCUGGUUUUUCGAAACAAUGUGUCUGGAGUACAACACAUGAAAACACCUGGAAGUUUGAAGCUCAUGUGUGGGCGCCGUCAGACUGACAGGUACACGUUCUAUGCCGGCAAGCCGAUCCAAGGGGUUGCAUUGUGCCAACUUGACCAGGAAAGGUUUCAGGGCCUGGUGGACAUUGUUUGCCCGCGAGGUGCAUCAUUGUGUGUUCAGGCCAGUUUGAAACAGCUGGCAUACGAAGCUUUAACAGUGGCUGUAGCUGCAAUUAAACAGAGAGUGGAAACACCGUCAGAUGAUGCUGCAAAGAAAUUGCCACCACAAGAAAAGGACCAGCGUUUACGCACCUUGAAACAGAAGAUCACUGGUUUUGAUGUUUCUGGAGAUUACGAGCCUGGGCAUUGCGUCAUUGACGCUUUCGCAGGGAUGCUGGAAGAAAGUGUGUUGAAGUUUUGGCCACUUAGCAAAUGUGUAUCGAGAGAGCAGGAGCUCCAAUCGGUCAAGGCUGACAAACAGGUCAUCAUGCUGGAGAACCAGCAGUUGCAGGUGAAAGCCCGCAGCACCGAGUUGACAGCUGACUUGGGCAAUGAGCUCAGAGUUCACAUGGCUUUCAUUCGACGUGGUUUGGCUCUGGAUAUGGCUAACUUGGCCACCUAUGAAGUGCAUGAAAAAGUCAUGAGGGAGUUCAUGAGCCACCUCACCAGGCAACCUCCACCAGGUUUCAGAGGGCCUACAAUUGAAUCAGUGCUUCGAGCAGAUAAAGAGUUGUGGACCAGAGUUGCAGACAGAGUCAGGUCAGACCUUAGACCAGACAGGACUGGAAGCUUGCCAGUUGAUGCGGCUUUGACAGAACUUUGCACCUCUGCAGCUGUGGUUUUUCAUUUGCUUCCCUUGCCAGGCUCUGGGUCGUCGAAUGCCCCAACAAAACGAAAGACUCCAGAUGAGGCCCCUACAAAGAUUCAGGCGUUGCGUCGAAAAGGUUUUCAAGUUUUCUCAGUUGAUCACAAGGCGGUCAAGGGGAUCCCAGUUUUGGUGAUUGACCUGAACUCAGAUGCACAAUUAAAAAUUUUUGAGGAGUUGGUACAGCAGCGACGCCUACUGUACGUGCAUUUUGCACCACCCUGUGGCACGGCGUCCAAAGCUCGAGCCAUUCGCCUGGGCCUCAAAAACGAGCCAAAACCCUUAAGAAGCAUGCAGUAUCCCAUGGGCCUUCCUCAUCUCAAAGGGUUGCAAAAAGAAAGAGUGCGUUUGGCCAACCGCUUGUAUGCUCUCACCAAGCGAUUCCUUGUGGAACUCCAGAAGCAAGGCAUUGGCUGGUCAGUUGAAAACCCGUCCAGCAGCCUCAUGUGGCUCACAGACCAGUUCGUUGAGUUCAUGCAGACAUUUGGCGAGGUGAUUUACGGUGUGGUUUUUCAUACAUGCAUGUUUGGUGCUGCACGGAAGAAAGAAACAGCUUUGUGGACCAACAUCAUGGAGCUAUGCCAACUUAGCCGAAGCUGCACAGGUGACCACCCACAUGCUGCAUGGGGAUUGACACCUUCAGGUACCUUUGCAACAGCAGAUGAGUGUGCCUACAACAGCACGUUGUGUGCGCAUUGGGCUGCAGCAAUUGAACAAUAUGCCAUCAGACGAGGUUUACAACCUGCACCAGCUACUUUGGACAACGUUGGACCCGACCACCUGCAUCUCAAAGACAAGGUUAAUCGAGCCAUUCUGGGUGCACUACCACGUGGCAGCAAGAUGCCGCCACUCCUGACUGACUUUUUGCGGGAGGAGAUCGUGGAAAUCCAACGUUUUCCAUGCUUGGCCCAGGCAAAACCUGGGGCCAGGCUCACUGACAACACAGAUUUCCCCAAAGGUUCACGCCUGUUACAUGUUUGGAAUGACUAUGGGGGGUUACAAAACAGUGGGCCCAGCGAUGUGGAGGAAGUCCAUGCGCCAACUCAUGAAGGCAAGACUCGUUUGCCGGCAAAGGUGGGCAUGCCAGUGCCCCCUUUGGACUACUUGGCAAUGGUCACCAAGCUGGUUCACCCUGACCUGCAGCGAGUGAUACUUCAUGAGAACCUGGAGCGUGCCAUCGAGUUCAGUGGACCGAACAAGGCAGUGGAACUUAGGCGCAGGCGCAUUCUUUGGACCAAGUCUAUGGUUGACUUGAUGGCGAAAACGAAGACCCAGGAGGAGGCCAUGGUGGAGAACAGGCCUCUUCACCUGAAAUCGGUCCUGGCUGGCAAGAAAUUUGGUUUGAUGCAUGCGGCCCUGGAGUCCAUUGCAUAUCCAGAUGCUGGUGUAGCCUUGGAAGCCAACAGUGGCUUCCCGCUUGUGGGUUGGAUGAAACAGUCAGGUGUCUUUGCUUCAAACUUGCGGCCUCCUGCCCUACAUGUAGACUCGUUUGAGACCAUGGCAGCAUCCUUUUCGGCCAGGACUCUUGCCAGCAUCAAGCCUUCGCAGGACAGUGACCUGGAUAUGCAGGUUUGGGAAGCAACCAUGGCUGAAGUUACAGGGGGCACCUUGGAAGGCCCUUACAAUGCUUCAGACCUCCCUGAAGGUCACGUGGUGUCUCCCCGCUUUGGUUUGCGCCAGGGGUCUAAGGUGAGACCCAUCGACAAUCUGAGCGCUUCAGGCUUGAACAGCACAGUUGGUCUACCCGAGAGGUUGCAGGUGGACACCAUAGAUGAGGUGGCAUCGAUGGUAAAGCGUUGCAUGCAACUCCAUGGCAAGGAUUGCCAAUUGGUAGGCAGAACGUAUGACUUGAGGAAGGCUUACAGACAGCUUGGUGUUAACGAGGCUCAUUACAAGUUUGCCUGGAUAGCAGUUUGGUCGCCUGUGCAUGCAAGCACUCGGCUGUUCCGAAUGAAAGGGCUGCCGUUUGGCGGCACGGCCUCGGUAGCAUCCUUUUUGAGGAUGUCAAAGGCCUUAAAAGAGUUGGGCCUGUCAGGCCCCUUGCUUAUCUGGUCGUCCUUUUUCGAUGAUUUCAUUUGCAUUUGCAGACCGGAAGAUGCGGAGAGCACAGACAUGGCUGUCCGAUUCCUGUUCAAGGCUUGUGGCUGGGUUUUAUCUGAGGACCCGGAGAAGGAUGUUGGGUUCCGAAAAACGUUCACUGCCUUAGGGGUAUGCUUUGAUAUGGAACAAGUGCAAUGUGGCAUCCUGCGUAUCGGCAACACGGAUAAGCGGAAGGCGGAGCUUGAGGCCUUGGUAAACCGCCACCUAGCAGAAAAUUCUCUGGCACCAGACCAAGCAGAAAGCUUGAGGUCGCGUCUGAUGUUUGCAGAGUCACAGGUGUUUGGCCGGUCAGCCCGACUGGCCUUGAAGGCUUUGAGCUCACCCGUGGCUGAAGGGAAGACAUGCUCACCGUUAUCCGAGGACAUUCUUUUUGGUUUGGCUUGGAUGAAGCAACGGCUGGUUCACUCGCCGCCCAGGGAGAUCAAAGCGGUGGACACGGCUACAUGGUAUUUGUUCAUUGAUGGUGCCUGUGAACCGGUUGCCGGUGCUCCUGAUAGCUUGAGGACCUCGAUUGGAGGUGUGCUGUUGAAUGAGCAUGGCGAAGGUGUUCACUUUUUUGGUUUGGUGGUGCCCAGUGAGAUCACAAAGGUAUGGGCAGCAAGCGGCAGGAAAAACUUGGUGUUCGAAGCUGAAGUGCUUCCUUAUUUCCUUGCAAUACAUGUGUGGGCGAAGUUACUGCAGGACAAGCACCUGCUCGUCUUUAUAGACAAUGAUGCUGCGCGGCAUAGCUGGAUACAAGGCCAUGCAGAGUCCCCGCACGCUCAGUGGAUGAUCCAUAAAGGCACCCUCAAGGAAGCAGCCAUUGGUGUUGUGCCCUAUUUUUGCAGGGUACCCACUGCCAGUAAUCUUGCUGACGGCCCGAGCCGUUUGGAUUUCUCAAUGUGUUACAGACUAGGCGCCAGCCAAACGGACAUAGACCUUGAGACGUUGCGUGAAUGCACUUUGCGAAGUCGGCCAGGUGAGAAUGAUUACCUGGGGGUGACGAUGGCACCUGGACACACCCCGACUAUCCAAAAGCAUGGAUGA